AUGAUGAGAAGAAAUGGAAAUCUUAAAAAACUUAUCAAAUACGAUGAGGAUCAAAAACCGCCGAACGACCCUGACGAAGAUGCUAGCGCAAGAUUGCGGCUGAAACGUAAGCUGCAAAGAAAUCGUACGUCUUUUAGCCAAGAACAAAUUGAAGCUCUAGAACGAGAAUUUGAAAGGACACACUAUCCUGAUGUUUUUGCUCGCGAAAAACUUGCUACAAAAAUUGGACUUCCCGAAGCUCGUAUACAAGUUUGGUUUUCAAAUCGACGAGCGAAAUGGCGUCGAGAAGAAAAAUUAAGAAACCAAAAGCGACCAACCGGGAUGGAGGCUGCGAUGGGUACCGUUGGUGAGAAUGUUGCUAGUUCGGCAACAGCUCAAGGCACGUAUUAUGGCGUAAUCAAUCGGUCAAGUGUUGGCACUCCGAUAGGGAAUAGUCCUACAACGACACCAUCACGAUUUACUAAUCCUGCUGUUACUGCAAGCUUUGCACCUCCUAACAGUCAAAUGUAUUCACUUCCACAACCACCAAUGGAAGCUUACGGCUUCCCAAAUACUGGACUUGGGAUGACAGGUCCUCAACACCCCUCUGAAUUCAAUCCAUAUCAUAUGUUCCCGGGAGCUACUCGCCCCUACGAUCCUUUUAAUCCAUAUGCUCGCUCUAUGCAACCUGGAGCUCAACCGUCUUUCCCAGCAUCGAUCAAUUCGUCUCCAAUCUCCAAUGUUACCGGUACUUUUUUAGUCAUAUUUAGUUAAUUUGACAAUUGUCCUAAUUGGUUCUAA